AUGAAUUUUUUAUCCUCUAAUAAAAAUAAUAUAAGAAGUACGAAAUCUGAAGUAAUAGCAAAAGUAAAGGUUGAUAAUAAAAGUAAUAAUAAUGAGAAUUAUAUAAAUGAGGAAGUUGGAAGUAUGAGAUAUAAUAAUUAUAACAUGAAUAGUAUGAAUCGUAAUAAUAGUAAUCAUAUGAAUAAUAAUGUGAAUAAUAAUGAUAAUGAUAUUGAUCACCAUGUUAUGAAUAAGCAGCAUAUUAAUAAUAAUAACAAUUUAAAUUUUAUAAUUGAUGAUAAUAAUAUAAAUAAUCAUAAUGAUAUUGAUAAGAGGUCUGAAAUAUAUUAUUCUAAUAAAGCUUAUGAUCCUGAAUAUUUAUAUAAUAGUAAUAAACUUUCAAAUAAUAUAAAAAUAACAAGAAAUCAUACGUCAACACAUAGAAUGAUAUCUCCACGUAGAGAAUCCAUAAAUAUAUUUUCAUCUAAAAUAAAUAGAACUUCUAAUAUAUAUAGAAAUUAUGAUGAUAAAUUAUCAUAUGCAGCUUUAUAUGCUUCAAAUAAUAAAAAAAAAAAUACUUUAGAUAAAAUAUCCAUUCCAGAAUCUAAUGAUAGUUUUAAAACACAAACAAAUUCACAAAUUGUUGAACAGUCUAUUGAAUUAUUAAAACAUUUAAUGAAUCAGGAUCGACGUAGUAUUUCUUCCGUACAUGAAAGUGAAAGGAAAAAUAAACUCAUGUAUAAAUUGAUUGAUAAUAUGAAAAGACAUGGAGAUAAAAAUGAACAUUCUCAUUCUCAUAAUAAUAAUAAUAAUAAUAAUAAUAAUAAUGAAGAGUAUAAUAACUCCAUAGAUUUGUAUAAAAAAAAAAUUGAUAUGUUAAAUUUAAAAUUCCUUAAGUUAAAAAAUGAAUAUACUCAUGCAAAUAAUGAAAAUAUUAUUCUAAAAAAACAAAUAAGAUGUAUGAAAGAUAAUUAUCAUUUAUUAAAUCAGAAACGUUCAACUGUCUCUUUUUCUAGAGACCUUUCACAACAACGUCAACAAAAUGAACAUAAGGAUUAUCAUCAACAAGAUUUAGAUACAUCAAAUGAAUAUUCCAAGGUUAAAUAUAAUAAUGAUAUACAUGAUGUUAAAAUUAAUAAUAAAUCCAUGAGUCAUAAUCAUAAUAAUAUAUUAUCAUCAUCAUUAUCUUCUCCACUUUCUGGUAAUAAAAAAAAUAUUCCUAAUGAAGCAAACAAUGAUUAUUAUUCACAAACGUUUAUAGACCCUUCAGAAAAUAACAAUAAUAAUAAUAUUAAUAAUAAUAGGAGAAAAACAUAUACAGCAUCUGUUCAUUUGAAUAGAGCAUCUAAUAAUACUUUUUUACCAACUAGUAAUAAAGUAGAUGAAAAUUAUAUAAACAAAAUAAGGGAAGAAAUAAAAUUAGAAUUGACACAAGAAAUAACAAAUAAGUUAGAAAAAAAAUAUAAUGAACAAUUAUCUGAAUUAAAAAAAAAAAUGGAAGGUGAAGUAAAACUUUCAUCCUCUAAAGAAUUGAUUAAAAAUAAAGAUACUUCAGAAAAUACAUGUAUGUAUGAAAAAGGAAAAAAGGAAAUGAAAAUUUCAAUUGAUAAUCUUUUUAGUAAUGUACAAAAAGAAGUAGAGGAACAAAUUAAUGAUAUAAUAAAUGAUUAUAAAAAUAAAUUUACAGAUACUUUUAAACACUUUUUAAAUAAUAACAAUCAUCAGAAAGAGAAUGACGAACAAGAACAUGUUCCUAAUGAUGAAAAUGGAAAAGAGGAAGACAAAAUCAUGCCUGAUGAAUUAUUUAAUGAUAAAAUUAAUGAAUGCUUAAAUUUGCUUGAUAAAAUUGCUCAAGGAAAUAAAGAAAAGGAUAUAAAAAAAGCCGAAGAAACUAAAAAUGAAACAAUAAAUGAAACAAUAAAUAUAAUUAAUUCUUUGAAUACAAUUAAUGAAGAUAUGAAUAAUAUAGAUGAUUUAAUAUAUAAUAUUAAUUCUACUAUUAAUGAAAAUAAUAUUUUAAACAAUGAAGAGGAUGAUUAUCUAGAAGAUUUAAAUAUUUUAAAAAAAAGGCGUUCCAAGAGUAUAGAAUCUGUCGGAUCAGAAAAUUUUGAAGAAUGGAAAAAAAAGCAAGAAUUACAUUCAAACAACAAUAUUAAAGAACAUAAAUUAUUUUUUCAAGUUAUAGAAACAAACGAAGAAGAAUAUGCACAUGAACUAUCUGCUAAUGAUUUAAAAAAUGUGAUUGAUAAUGUGCAUAAUAAUGAUAAUAAUUUUAAUGACGAUUAUAAUAAAGAUUCGACUUAUAAUAAUGAUCAAUUAAUUAAUCCAUUUAUAGAUGAAAAAAUACAAAAUGUGACAGAAAUGUUUAAGAUGGAUAACGUGGUAGAUGAUAAAAAAAAGUUCGAUGAGGAAACAAAUUAUGAUAUACAUAAAAAGAAUAAUAUAAAUGAAAAUGAAGAAUUAAACACUGAUGAAUUGAAUAUGAACAUAUCUAUAAAUGGCGAAGAUAUGGAUAAAAUAUGUGAUGAUAACAAAAUAUGUGAUGAUAAUAAAAUAUAUGAUGAUAACAAAAUAUGUGAUGAUAAUAAAAUAUAUGAUGAUAAUAAAAUAUAUGAUGAUAACAAAAUAUAUGAUGAUAACAAAAUAUGUGAUGAUAACAAAAUAUGUGAUGAUAACAAAAUAUGUGAUGAUAACAAAAUAUGUGAUGAUAACAAAAGACAUGAUGGUGAUAUAAUAAAUUAUAAUGAAGAGGAUUAUGGUUCCCCCAUUAGGGUAGAUGAAAAUAAUGAGAAUGAAAAAGACAAAAAAAAAAGUAAAUGGAAAAGUUUAUUUUCAAGUAAAAAAACAAAGAAGAAAAAUUUAAGCGAUAAUUUUGGUAAUGAUACAGAAUUAUGGGCAAAAAGUGAAAAUGAUGAUAAUAAUAAUAAUAAUAAUAAUAAUAAUAAUGUUAAUUACUUUAAUAAUGAUAUUAUUGAUAAUUCUUAUAAUAUUAAUAAUAAUUAUAACAGCGAUUAUAAAAAUAAUCUUUUUAAUAAUAUGAAUAAUGUAUCAACAAAUAUACAUAUUGAAAAAGGUGAAAUGAACUUAAUUAGAAAUGAUAUAAAUAAUAAUGAAGAUGCAGAAAAAGAUAAAGUUAAUUAUGAAUAUUCAAAUAAUGUUUUUAAAAAUUGUAAAGAUAAAUUAUCAACUGAUAUUCAUAAUAAAACGACACCACUUGAAUUUAAUUAUAAUGAGAAUAAUUAUUAUAAUGACAAUAAGAAUAUACAAAAUAAUAUUAAUAAAUAUAAUAAUGUUAAUACAUAUGAUAAUACAUAUGAUAAUACAUAUGAUAAUACAUAUGAUAAUACAUAUAAUAAUACAUAUAAUAAUACAUAUAACAAUUCAUAUAAUAAUAAUAGUCCUUUUGGUUAUGAAAAUAAUAAUGAAAGGGCAGAACGAAAUUUUAUAAAUUCUUCUAUUUAUUCAUAUAAUACAAAUAUGAAUAAUCAAGAAGGACACAAUAACGUUUGUUCUUCUACUGCAAUAUAUAAUAACAUAAAUAAUAUGAAUGUGCAUAUGAAAAGAAAUAAUUCAGUACAUAUAAAUAAUCAGGUUGUGUUUAAUGAAUAUGAACAAAUGAAUAUAGAAAAUGUAAAUUUCAAUUCACAAAAUGUAGAAAAUAAUUUGAACAUAUAUAAUAAUAAUAAUAAUAAUAGAAGUUAUACAAAUUAUACAAAUAAUAUGAAUGAUGAAAAAAAUAAUCAGUAUAAUUUAUUUUGCAAUAUUAAUAAUGGAGACAACAACAACAACAAUAAUAAUAAUAAUAUUAAUUACAAUAAUAGUAAUUACAAUAAUAGUAAUUACAAUAAUAAUAGUAUCAAUUUUCAAAAUGAAUAUAAUCAUAUACGCUUUGAUGAUAAUUCAUCUUCACAUAUAACACAACACCCAUAUAGUAAAACCUCAAAUAUUAUGAGAAUAAAUACAACGGCAUUAAAUACAAGUAAAAAUUAUACAAGCGAUUUAUAUCAAACAAAUAAAAGUAGAUUAUCAACAAAAAGUGAAAUACACUAUAAUUCAUUGAAAUCUCAAAAAAAGAAAAACCUUGAAGACCUUUUUUCUUAA